UGUCCCUUCAGAGAGGCCGAGGCGCUGAUUAGCAUUUAUUUCCUCGAUGAGGUUUUUUGCUCUUGUCUAGACUGCGAAUGCAACUCCCAUAGAUAACAGGCCUGCUACAUUCCUUUAUUGUUCCUGUUAUGACUGUUGUUUGAACGUCAAUUGUCGUCUGCGACCGACUUGAACACUUGUAUCGACGGGGUAGCCGGCCUUUCUACUCCAGUUCUUAUCUUACCACUCGAAAAGAAUCACGAUCGACGACCAGAGAAUCUCGGUUGCCUGGCACGAAAACUUGAGGAAUAUCAGGAGUGUCUUCUGAGGCACCGCGCACUGGACGAAAAAAAGUACUACUCGAAUUGACCACGCACAAUAUCUCACCGGCCGAUGCAGUGGACGACCGCCAGGUGACCCGCGAGAACCACAAAGCGACUCGACAUCAAAGUCCCGAGGCGAGGGUUUUUGUUGCUCUUGGAAGGAAUAGAGUAGACUCGGGGCGUCCUCCCCAAACCCGCCGGCACAAUGAUGAACGGAUACGAAAAGAACAACCAUGACGAGGACCCCUUUGCCCCGUCGGGUAGCGUAGUCAGCGCAUUCGAUGCCUUUCCAAAGUCAAAACCGCAAUACGUGACGCGGACGUCAGGCGGCGGCAAGUGGACGGUGGCCAUGCUGCUCGUCUCGGCGAUCCUGACGUGGUCCGAGCUGGCGCGCUGGUGGCGCGGCGUGGAGACGCACACCUUUGCCGUGGAAAAGGGCGUGGGCCAGUCGAUGCAGAUCAACAUGGACACGGUGGUGCACAUGCGGUGCCAAGACAUCCACGUCAACGUCCAAGACGCCGCGGGGGACCGCAUCAUGGCCGCCGCCCGCCUCAAGAUGGACGACACCACCUGGGCGCAGUGGGUCGACGGCUCGGGCGUGCACCGCCUCGGCCACGACCAGCACGGCAAGGUCGUCACGGGUGAGGGCCACGAGGAAGGGUUCGGAGAGGAGCACAUCCACGACAUUGUCGCCCUCGGAAAGAAGCGCGCCCGCUGGAGCAAGACGCCCAGGCUGUGGGGCGCCACCCCGGACAGCUGCCGCAUCUUUGGGAGUCUGGAUCUGAACAAGGUCCAGGGUGACUUUCACAUCACGGCGAGGGGUCACGGUUAUAUCGAGUUUGGGGACCACUUGGACCACAGUGCCUUCAACUUCUCGCACAUAGUCAACGAGUUCUCCUUUGGAGACUUUUACCCCUCUCUCGUCAACCCGCUCGACAAGACGGUCAACACGUGCGAGAAGAACUUCCACAAGUUCCAGUACUUCUUGUCCGUGGUGCCGACGCUGUACAGCGUCAAGUCGUCGACAGGCGCCUUUGGCUACUCGACCAUCUUCACCAACCAGUACGCCGUGACGGAGCAGAGCUCCGAGAUCAGCGAGAUGAACGUCCCCGGCAUCUUUUUCAAGUACGACAUUGAGCCCAUCCUGCUCGACAUUGAGGAGUCGCGCGACACCAUCCUCGUCUUCCUCAUCAAGGUCAUCAACAUCCUCAGCGGUGCCAUGGUAGCCGGCCACUGGGGCUUCACCAUGUCCGAAUGGAUCAAGGAGGUUCUGGGCAAGAGGAGACGGGCCAGCUCCAAUGGAGUCUUGGGAAACAAGGCUGGUUAUGAUGAAUGAAAGGGUGUGUCUGCAUCUGGGAGAGUAGUCAGCCAGCCAGCAUAAAAAAUGUGUUUUCUUUCUUUCUUUCAUUUCUUUCUCUCGUGGUUUGGCAUUUGCAUAUUGGGCAUAGAUGUAUAUAAACCUUGGUUUCGAUUGUAUGUUUGUCGUUUCAUCUUUUUCGCCUUGCCUCUUUUCGCAUCUGCUUGACCCACACUCGUACAGAGUCUCCGUCCUUUUCAUUGUUUGUUAUGUAUAGAUACAAGAACACCACCUGAGCUCGCGACCAACAUAGAGCAGUUUCAUGUAAAGAGCCCAACCUCCAAUUUCCAAACGAGUCGAGGAAUCCCCCACCAGACUUGGAAGCAAAGCCUCUCCAAUCAAUCCAAGUCAACAAACUGAAUAUGCGG